CUCCCACUCUGUCAUGCCAGCUUCUUUUAUGUGUCUCUCCAAUGAGGCGACUUAAGGUUUGGUUUUUCAAAAGAACGUGCACCAGGAUCUAGGAGCUGCUAUUUGACAGCCCCACCUGACUUGACAAGGAUCUCCUCAGUAAACGUCCCAUAGAAACAAAAUGGCUGACCUAUGGCAGAAGGCAUACGACUUUGCAGUUGCAGUGGCAAGAAAAGCUGGAGCUGAAAUUAGGAAGGCCGGGGAAAGUGAAAUAAGGGUCAUGACAAAGAGCUCCAGUGUAGACCUUGUUACCAAGACUGACGAGAGGGUGGAGAAAAUCAUUAUCGGGUCUCUUAAAGAGGAAUUCGGAGAAGGCACACACUGUUUCAUUGGAGAGGAGUCAGUUGCUAAGGGGGAGCCAUGUAUCUUAACUGACAUGCCCACAUGGAUCAUAGACCCUGUGGAUGGCACCACAAACUUCGUACAUGGAUUCCCAUUUGUUGCUGUGUCUAUUGCCUUUGCUGUUAAUAAGCAGUUGGAGUUUGGUGUGGUGUACAGCUGCUUGGAAGACAAGAUGUAUAAAGCAAGGAAGGGGAAGGGAGCUUUCUGCAAUGAUGAACCAAUCCAAGUGUCCGAUGUCAAUGAUAUCAAUAAGUCCAUUAUCAUCUCUGAGCAUGGAACUGACAGGAGCAAGGAAAAAGUUACCAAGAUCUUCUCCACCAUGCAGAAGAUCCUCCGCAUCCCAGUGCAUGGGCUCCGUGGGUCAGGGACAGCUGCCACCAACAUGUGUCUGGUGGCGACGGGGGCUGUUGAGGCCUUCUUUGAAAUUGGGAUCCACUGCUGGGACAUUGCUGCUGGAGCGGUUAUAGUCAAAGAAGCUGGAGGAAUACUACUGGAUGUUGAUGGGGGAUCGUUCGAUUUGAUGUCUCGAAGGAUGGUUUCAGCAAACAACAAGGUUAUUGCUGAGCGGAUCAUCAAGGAAAUUGAAGUAUUCCCAGUGGUGAGGGACGACGCUCCAAAUCAGAAGAAAUGACAAUUUCCAAAUGCAUUACAAAAUGAGUACAAGAGCAAAAGCUCUCUCUAUUUUUGUA